GCCUGUUAGCCUAUUAUAAACCGCCAACUGACAACUUGUCCAAGCCCGAUGGCCCGGUGGUCGUGGCGCGGUGUCCACAUCCAGGUGCGCCGCGUACUGGCGUGCCUCUGCACCAUCGGCAUCGUGUACGUUGAGUACCUCGCGUCCGUCGGCAACCGGACGGUGCUGGUCGGCGGCCUCCUCCCCGCAACCGCCGGCAACGUGUAUGCGAGUCCGCUUCUGCCCACGUUCCUUUCGACGCUCCUCGCGGGCGGCUACACCGCUGCGCUGGCGAGCCCACCGAGCUUUGUGUACCUCGAAGCCAACGAGAGCCGCGUCGACCUUCUCGAGACCUGCCUUGAAGCACUGCCGGGCGACCGCAUCUACACGAGCAGCUACCUCACGCUCGUGCUCUCCUCGCUUCUGCCACUACAACUCAACGACAGCCAUGUGCUCGUGGACUGCGCGUACACGGGCCGAGCGACGGAAGAUACGACCGCGCUCAAAGCCUACGUACUCUCCCCGACGGCGCUCACUACGGUCUUUCUGCAAACGAUGACCGUCAGUCGCCCCGACAAGUAUCGUAAAGCCGGCUGCGGUGCGGCCACGGUCGUCACACUUCCUCUCGACACCAUCAAUAUGGCGGAGAGGACGUCGAGCGUCGUGGCCGACCCCACGUCGCUGGCGAUCAAUGACAUCUACAAAACGUACGUUGGCCUCGACUUCCCGUACGAAGUCUCGACGCCGUUUGUGCCGGUCCAUCUCGCGACGGCGGCGACCGACUCGGGGGCGUGGACUGCGACGCUCGGGUAUGAAAUCGUGUCGCUUCAAGGCACGGAGGGCAUCUUCCGCGGGUCCACCGCCAAGGAGGGCAACUUCGCCUACUACGUGUGGUCCCUCCCAUCGGACCCGCUGGCCUUUGUGUUCGAGACCGUCUACACGGACGCGAGUCACUCGAUAGACGCGAACGCGUGGCUGCGCAUCCUCGUCGGCGCCGGCAUCGCCUUCAACGCGGUCGUGAGCCUGCUCGUGGCGCUCGUCUCGUGCGUGCACUUAUACCAAGAGACGGGCAUGCUCUGGGUCCCAGACCUCUACCCGUGCAUUCAGUACCGGGUCCAGGUGCGCGCCGCGCUCUGCGCGUGCGUGCUCUACCUCACCGACUGGUGGCACGUCUUUGAGUGGAGCCUUGCUGAGGCGAACGAACGCCUCGGCUUCACAGGCACCUUUGUGUACCCGGCGAUGGCGCUUGCCGACGCCAUGAUGGUGGCGCUCGCGCUGCUGACGUGGCUUACGCAUGCGUUGCGCGUCCGCGUCGGCUUGGAGCCCAUCGUUGCCAUCUUGUGCGCCUGCUUUUGCUACCGCACCGACCUCGCACUGCGCAUCGGUCUCUGUCUCGAAGCGACCGACGCGUACGCUACCGCCAACUUUGAGAGCAACUCGUUCCCAGCCGGCAAUGACGGCAUGGACGUCUGGUCGAUGCAUGAGAACCCCGGCACCGACUUUUGCGUAGUCGCCACCGCCUUUACGUGGUGGCUCGUGGCGCUAACCGCGGCGUCGCUCUACAUUCUGGGCGCCAAGGCCGUCGAUGUCUUCUGGCCCCCGCGCCCGACGUCGACCAUGCGCCGCGUCAAAUCCAUCAUCAUCCAGCCCCGCAGCCAGCCCUCGAUUCUGGCGCUGGCUGGCAGCAGCAACAACCGGGUCGCUGCCAGCAAGAGCGACGAUAUCCCCGCGGGCCUGACGGACAUGCGACCGUGGAGUAAGCGCUCGCUGCUCUACGCCCCGUUCCACUCGUGGGACGCCAGCACCGGGAGUCAAGUCGAGCGCAGCACACGCCAGCGCGUCGAGGACGUUGUCGGAUUUGUCGCCGCGUGCGACGAGAGCACUGAGGACGGCCGCGUCUCGAUCUCGUCGUUAUGGCUGCUCGGGCACGUCGUCGUCGACGGUAUGUUCCUCAUGGCCAUCAACAUGUACCCGCGCUGGCUCCUCAAUGCGCUUCUGAACCGCCGCCUCUUCCGCGUCUACGGCAACCGCCUCGACGAGACCGGCGCGAGCUCUCUCUACAAGGAACUCCUUCUCGUGCGCAGAGAGCGGGCGUGGACCGACCUCGCGCCACUGCGCGUUCAACCAAUGCAGUAAGCAUACGUGGUGACUUCGUAUCCCCUACCCCCUUCUCGUCAGUUUGAGGUUGAGUUUCGCUACAAGACGCGAAGAAAUAUCAGACGACGCUUCCUUCA